AUGCAAGAGCAUAUCCGACGAGCACACCCCGAGCAUUACAUCCCCAAACUCCCUGCCACGGAGGAGAGUUUUCUUUUGAUGAUCAAUACGCCGCCCCAAGAUCGAUCGCAGAUUCCACAGCAGAAUAGUGUCAAUGGUGGUGGUGUCCCUCAUGGCAAUCAUCCGGUACAGCAGCCGCCCAUUCGGCCACCCAGAAGUUAUCAACAGAUGAACCAUGCAUACUUUCGAGAUGAUUCAAGUGCACCAGAUACCCCAAGAGGCCUGGCAGAUUUUGCUGGCGGUGCCAUGUUGCCCACGGAGAGUGCUGCAGCCGCCUUGGCGCAGCUAGGCCAGGCACAAAGAAUGGAUUCGGGAUGGGACUCUGCAGAGGAAUGGCAGUCCGAUACGGACGGCCCUCGAAUUCCUCCUCGAAGUACCAUUGAACUGCCGCCCAUCAAUGUUGAGCCCACAAGCGAGCCCUUCCCGCCCUUGAAUGGUGCAAGACCGCAGCCACAAAGGGACUUGUUGCCGUCUAUUCUACCUAAUUCACCUCCUACUGGGAGAUCCUCGACGCUUCCACCUUUGCAACGCUCGCUCGGUCCCCAUCGGCGUAGAAAGCAAUCGGUGACCAAGCCAGGGCAUAAGAAGCAAAAGUCCAGAGGCCAAGCGGCUGAAUGGUUAAAACGAAUCCAAAAUGAUGACCGUAUGAAAACUGGGGGGCUGGAUCGUAAGGCUCAGUCCGUUGAACCUUCCACGGAUUACGGUAAACGAUGGGAGGAUCUUAUCGAUGCCGCUGCGUCAGCAACUGAAGACAUAGAGGAUGAUAGAACUCCUGUGCCUCAAUCACCUAUAUCCAUCCACCGGGCGUCUAUGCCCCCCUUCCCUCAUAAUAAUAUUCAAUCGUUCCAUGGAUAUCAAGCUUCGCCUUUGCAGCAAGCUCUGACACCUCCCUCGUUCCAUCAAGGAAUCCCCGAGCCUUUCCCUAGUGUGGAGAGCGGCGAGAGCGGCGAUCAAUUCCAUAUCGGAGCCACUGGCCUUUCGGACUCGUCCCCAAGCUACUCAUCCCAGGAUGUUCACAUUUACUGUGCCGCCUGCCAGAAAAGCUCCAAGCUGCGGGAGUCUUAUGCAUGCACGGAAUGCAUCUGUGGCCUCUGUCGUGAGUGUGUCAAUAUACUGAUGGAAGAACAGGGUGCCCGAAGGAAAUGCCCGCGCUGUGCCACUAUUGGUGGCCGGUUCAAACCUUUCCAGCUGGACAUCCGAUGA